AUGAACAUCUCCAUGAUUUUCUGCCUACAAUUGAUUCUUGGGGCAUGGAUCCAAAUUGUACCUCAUCAUAAAUACAAAGUUGCUGGUCUUAAUUCCUUGUGGCAUAUAGAUGGACACCAUGAAUUAAUUAGAUGGAAGUUAGUAGUGCAUGGAGAAGCAAUAAAAGAAUGGGGAUGUCCAAGUAGAAUAAGAGGUGAUCAUGAGAUAGAGAAUUGUAAAGUAGCAGAAUGGAUUCUUACAAACAAAAGAUUAAAUAUUGCAGAUAGAAAUUCAUUUACUCAAUCUUGGAAUUUUCACUCUAUAAGGACUGAAAAACAUUUAACACCAAGACAACUAUUUCUUAAAGGAAUGGUUGAAUGUGGUUUUCAUGGUAUAGAAGUCAUGGAUAUUGACAAUGAAUACAGCAUUGAUUGGGAAGGACCAACUCCUGAACAUCUGAAUCUUUCUGUUGAUUGUAUUUUGAAUGAUGUUCAAUAUUUAUCAUUGAAGAAUUUGUAA